CCCGAUAACACAUUUGUUUUUAAAGCUCAUUUGUAUUCUCUCUCUUCCUCUCUCUCCCCCCUCUCUCUCUCUCUCUCCCUCUCUCUCUCUUCUGCACAUUUUCAGUUGUAAUGGGAUGUAAAGUUCCGCAGUUCCGCAGUUCCUACUCGUUUAAUGCAUGCUCAUCUCCAUCUGUCAUCGAUCUUGAUCCACUAGUUGCCCGUGCAAAGAUGAAAAAGAAAGAAACCCCUUUGAUCUCUCCUUCACUCAUGAAGCUUUUAAUACAUAUCCAUCAUUGCCAGGUAUUUCUGAUCAUAAAUACCUCUUAGACUCUAAUCUUCUCUCCUCAGUUCCGACUUCUUUCUGUUCUUGAGCUGAAGUACCCAGCUCUCUUUUUUUUCUACUGGGGUUUCUGGUUUGGGGUUUUGGUUUUAGAACCCUAAAGGGUCUGUCUCUAAAGCCCUUUUUCUGAUCUUGGUUGGAGUUGUUUCGUAGUCAGUUCUCUCUUACUAGGGAUUUUUCUAGUUUAAUCUGCUGGUCCUGGAGAAUCAGUUCUGUUUCUUAGGUUUUUCCCAACUGGGACCGAUUUUUAUUUAAUGUUCAUCCUCUGAUCCUUGGGCACCCAAAGGGUUUCAUUGUUUCUGCUAAUUCCUUUCCUGUCUUGGUCGAUUCCAAUUAUGUUCCCUUUGGGGGGCAGAUUCUAGUUUUUUAGGCCCUAUUUUUUACAUCUGAUCGAUUUUUAUUGGUAUAUGAGGUUUGGGUUUCUGUGGGAUUAGGAUUUUUCACUGCUUUCUGUCAAGAUGUCCACAGAUGUUCAUAGUUUCGUCGAAUGGAAAGAGCAGUUUGUUUCACAGGAGCGAGGAAAUCGUAUAGUUCACUAUUUCUUGAAGGAUACUGCCGGGAAUUCAGUCCUUGCCGUCGUGGGUACUGAGAGGAGUCUUAGGCACAUGGUCUAUGUUGUUGCGGAGGACUUCUUGCAGUAUAAUGGAUCCGAGAAAUCCAUCAGUGCGGGCUUCAAAUGGAGAUCAAGGAGAGAGGUUGUCGACUGGCUCACGUCGUUGCUCUCGAAGCAUCAAACUCCGCAUGAUUAUUCAAAAUUGCCAACAAAUGAUUCAUCACAAGCUAUUGGAUCUUCUGAAUACCCUAUCACUGGAGUUGAUGCACCGAGGAACCAUCUUCUGGAUCACCCGGGCCGGAUUUCAAGGAAGUUAAAGGGCCACAGCACAGAUAUUUCGUGGUCAGGUGCUUCCUGGACAUGUGGUAAACAGCUCAAGCAUUAUCCAUCAUUUUACAGGAAUGGAACCACCAUAGCUAUUCGUUCUUUUGUUCUCGUCAUGGCUAGAGAAGAAAAUCACUAUCUCGCAUACUUGGAAGAUAUGUAUGAAGACAAGAAGGGACAGAAGAAGGUAAAAGUACGAUGGUUUCACCAUAAUGAGGAACUUAAGGGCGCGGUUCCUCUGCCAGAUCCACAUUCUAGAGAAGUUUUCUUCACACCUAAUUCCCAGGUCAUCAGUGCAGAAUGUGUGGAUGGUCCUACAAUAAUUCUAACUCCUGAGCACUUUGAGAAAUGCUUGGCUGCUCUUCCCGAAACUUCCUCGCUGAAACUCCAUCUUUGUUUUAGGCAGUUUAGAAACAACAGAAUUAAGCCCUUUGAUCUAACUAAAUUGCGCGGCUAUUUUGACCAAACCAUCCUCUCAUGUUUCGAUCUUAUACCCCUUGCCAAGCAUAAACUAACAUGUAAUAGCCUGACUGGAGAAGAGGAGGAAGAAUUUAGCCAAGGAGGCAAUGUGAGGCAGGGAGCCAAGAGAACUAGGAGUUGCAGGGGACGUCAGAGGUUUGUAUCGAAUCGUUCUGUUGCCACAAUUUCUGGUCCAGGGAACCAGAUAGCACCAUACCAACCAGCACGCCAGAACUUGAAAUUUAGAUUGUCAGGUGGGAUGCCGCAGAUUGUUAGAUAUCCUGGUCCCCAAGCCUUUAAAGUUCAUGAAAAGAUAGAGCUGCUUUGUCAAGAUAGUGGAAUCCGAGGCUGCUGGUUUAGAUGUACUGUCUUGCGGGCAUCUCAGAAGCAGCUGAAGGUUCAGUAUGAUGAUUUGCAGGAUGAAGAUGAAUGUGGAAAUCUUGAGGAAUGGAUCCCUGCUUUCAAACUUGCAGCAGCUGAUAAACUGAACAUGCGAUGCUCUGGUCGCCUCACAAUUCGGCCGUGCCCUCCUGGGUAUCCAACAGACAUUCCUUUUGAGAUAGGAUCUCCAGUGGAUGCAUGGUGGAGUGAUGGCUGGUGGGAAGGGGUGGUAACUGGAGUUAACUGCGGAGAUGAUAGCCUUCAGGUUUACUUCCCUGGUGAAGAUGUGUUCUCCACUGUCCAGAGAAAGAAUUUGAGGAGUUCUAGGGAUUGGGUGGCGAACCAAUGGGUUGAUAUUGAGGCAAAGCCCGAUAUACUAUCUAUCAUAUCUGCAGCUGUCAGCCCUGGCACAAAGCUCUCUGCAUGCUCCACUAUGGCAAAGGGGACCGAGUCUGGUGGCUCUGCAAUGUCGGAUCGUGAAGGCCCCUCUGCUUCCAGGCUUGAGACAGUUGAAGAGGGUAAUCAAGAAAUAGCUGUUUCAGCCAGAUCUGAUGGCAUGCUGGAGAAUGUUAAGUGCGAGAACUCAAGGAAACGGCCAUGGGUUGAAGAUGAAGUUAAGAAAGGCGAUGAGUAUGGGCAUGAUGGUGAUAAUGAUGGUAAUGAUCAUGUCAGUGGGGACAGGGUGGAUAUGGGAAAAGAAUUUGACUGUGCUGGCCAGAAAUGUGAAGCAAUAGAACUCAUGGAAAUUGCUGCCUAAGACAGUAGAGUGAUGGUGAUGAUUGCAGGUGAGGCAAGACUAUGGAAGUGAGCAUAAUUGAGUAUUAGGGUUUCUGUAAAUAAGAUAGAGGUGACAUGCAGUAUUUAUAGGGUUAUUUUCGCUUCAGCAUUGGAACUUGGCCAAUGUACAUUGAGUUAGUUAAAAAAACAGGUUAUGGUAGAUUUUCUCGUAGAAGGCAGAUAAGAAAUGUUAAUUGAGGUUAAGAACUGGUAGAGGGGGAGGCCCCUCCUUUCCGAGGGGCAUGUUAUUACUGAAUUUGUACCAUGCAUUUGGGAUCUUAGUAGCAAGGCACCAUAAGAAUCUAAGUUGUUAUUUUGCUAUUACUAGCUAAUGGUAAUAUAAUGUAUAUCGAAAUAGUUCAAUACUGUAUUCAGAAUGAAUCAUUUUGUGCUUGGUGUUUGUUCUGCA